CAAAAACUAACAUUUUUUUUUGAAUUGUGUAGGAAACUUUUAUAGACAAGCCGUAUGCAAACCUUAUUGAUAAAUUGACUCCGGAGCAGAAAACGGUCUCGAUAAUCUUCGGCGCUCAUGUGCCACUUCUUUGUAUGAACAAAAAGUGGGUGCACGAUCCGUGGACGCACUGUGGGAAGCAAGUUGAGGACUAUAUGCACAUUCUAUGCAUAGGAGAUGAUAAAACUAGAACCACAUGGAGGACUGGGGGGCAGCAAGAAAUUGGUUAGACCAUUUCAAAAAAGAUGUUGAAGCUUGGCAGAAGUUAAUGAGGCAUGUACCAUCGCCUCCUCUCGCCUCGUCUUCACAUGCUGCUGAGCCAUCUCAGUCCACCACUCCUCUCGCCUCUUCGCAUUCUCCUCAGCCGGAUCCUAGGAACCUUGGGGGUUCAUCUACAUCGCCUCCUCUCGCCUCGUCUACACAUGCAGCUGAGCCAUCUCAGUCCGCCACUCCUCUCGCCUCUUCGCAUUCUCCUCAGUCGGAUCUUGGGAACCUUGGGGGUGAUUCAGUCGAGCAAUUCUUCGAUCAACUUAAUUAUGCUAAUGUCCCUGAAGAUCUGAAUGGCGCCUCACAGCCCGAUAUUCAUCCCGAAUCCUCCACAGCUCCUUCACAUUCACCUUCACCUCCCCUCCAAGUUUCUGCAUCUCCAGAGCCAGAAUUCGUCACUCCUCCCCCCCGGUCCUUCGAAGGUCUAUGCGGGAGAGGAAGAUCCCUCGGUAUUUGAGGCCGCCCUAUACAGCAGUUCCUGAAACGUCUUGCAGAAAAAGGAAGUAGAGCUGCUUCAUUAUAUAGAAGAGAAGCAAAGGGAAGUCUCUCCGGUGAAGAGUCUGUGGCCCUCUUCUUGUAAAAUGCCAGCCACGUGCUUCUGAUCUUAUCAAACUUGUCUUUACAUUGUUGUGGUGAAAAUGUACUUCCUUUGUCAUGGACAGACUUACUGAUCUCUUCCCAACGUAGAUGACGAAGGUUUUCUUGUAAACCGGAGUCUUCUACCAUUUUGUGGCAUAGUUGGAAGAGUAUUGACACAUCGAGAAUAUUCCAAUGGGCUGGCAUCUACGAUAAAUAAACAAGACAAAAUCAAACUUAUGAAUAAGAUAAGGAACAAGAAGCAAGAUAAUGUCACAUAAACAAUCACAUAUAAAUUUAGAACCAAGUAAUCGAUCCUGACAGGGUCAGGAGAGAAACCUGCAAAACUAGUGCUCGGGAAAAUAAAAAUUGGUCGUCAUGGCAGAGCAAAACAAAUUGCUCCCACGGCCAAAGCACAUUCUGUGAAACUGCCAAAAGCAACCGUAAAACAACCUUAACAAAGACACUACAAAGAUCCACAGGACAAGCUUCAACCCUAGCUAGUAGUUCAGAAGCUAAAAACAUUAAAAACAGGGCCACUUACAAGAAUCUUCAAAGUCCAGCACCCACAGUUAACCUCUCAGCUAAGAUAGCCACACAAAAAGGAUGUUUCCUUCCUAUUACAACCUCUAAACAGCUUUCUAACAAACGAAAAAACUGCAAAAAAAGUGGCUAAACUUCGCUGAGGGUACUAAACCAUUGAAGACUCGUGUUCAUGGACCCAAAAACUAGAACUAGCGGCUUAUAGUAGAAAUUUACGAU